UGACGUCACGAACAUCAGUCCACGGAGUUGAGGGGUUGAUGCUCGUCUUCGACUCAAUCUGAAUGACCACCAGCAACAGAGGUGGUGGGGCGAAGAGACCAUUUUCCCCCCAUACUUUUUUGUUUUCUUCUUUGACUUCGAACUGUAUCGACGGCUGUGAGGGCGGACAAAGAAACGGCCACCCCGCAUGGUUUUGUGCACACAGACUCCCCGUUUCUUCAUCUCUGCAUGUGAAGCAAGGAUAGCUAACAGAUGAUCAAUUCCGUUUGCUAGCCUGUUAUCCAUGUAUCAAAAGAACUCGUAGCAAACCCAAGGCUGGCAAAGCCUUGGUUUUUGCUUUGAGAGAAUACAUCGUUUUUUUAUUCUCGUAGUGUGCACAAUCUCUUGCAGCUUGAUUGCGCAUAGCAGAAAGCGCAUACAGAGGAGCAUCGCCGGGGCACGGCAACAUCGCAGCUUCCCCGCUUGACAGGAUCUAAAAACGAUUGAUGAAUAUUAUUUAGUCUUGUUUCUUAUCUUACAAGAUGUUGCGCGCCACAGUCAACAUGUUGGCAAUAGGGCUGCUUUUCGUUGGAUUUUUGCACAGUUCGGAGGUAAUCGUUCCAGCUCGAGCCAUUGACGCCCCGAAGACCUGCAGCCCCAAGCAGUUUGUGUGCAAGGACCAGGUGACCUGCAUCUCCAAGGGCUGGCGCUGUGACGGGGAGAAGGACUGUCCGGAUGGCUCGGAUGAGGAGCCUGAUGUCUGUCCACACAGUCGUGUGUCGCGCUGCCCCCCUAAUGAGUUCAGGUGUGGGGGGACGGAGGUGUGUAUCCACAUGAGCAAACUGUGCAACGGAGUCCCUGACUGCAUCGAUGGCUGGGAUGAGGGGCCUCACUGCAGAGAGUUUGCCUCCAACUGCACGCUCUUGGGUUGCCAGGACAACUGUUCGGUCACCCACUCUGGGCCUGCCUGUUACUGUAAAAGUGGCUAUGAGAUCGGCGUAGAUGGCAAGACGUGCAAAGACUUUGAUGAGUGCGGUGUGUAUGGGACCUGCAGUCAGUCCUGUACCAACACUGAGGGCUCAUACAGCUGCAGCUGUGUGGAAGGUUACCUGCCGCAGCCCGACAACCGCUCCUGCAAAGCCAAAAACGUCCCAGUGGAUCGUCUGCCCAUGCUGCUCAUCGCCAACUCCCAGAACAUCCAGGCCACCACUCUGAGCGGCACCACGGUCCACAGCCUGCUGUCAACCAGCACCAAGCAGACCACCGCCAUGGACUUCCUGUACGCACAGGAAACAGUCUGCUGGAUCCAUGUGGGAGACUCGCCGGUCUCCACACACCUCAAGUGUGCCAAGAUCCCCAACCUGAAGAGCUUCACAGAUGAGAGGAUCAUCAACAUCUCUCUCAGCCUUCACC